CGCUGCUAGCGCGCGGCUGCUGGCUCGGCUGGCGCAGGGACCAGCUGGGGGCCCGGGCGGAGCUGGUGCUGUUCCGCUGGUGCGGGAGUGCAGGAGCGGUGGAUGAACCCGCGCGAGGCGGGCGGCCUGGCCGACACGGUGGACAGCCGUGCGGGCCCCCCCACGGGACUGCAAUCAAAACGCCUGCUCAACUGGAGUGCGUCCUGAUGCGGCUGGGUGCUGCCUCCGCAACCAGAUGCAGUCGCUGACGUCCUGCGAAUGCACCAUCUGCCCCGAGUGCUUCGCCCAGCACUUCACCAUCGCUGUGAAGGAGAAACACAUCACGGACCUGGUGUGUCCGGCCUGCGACGCGCCCGACCUGAGCGACGAGGCCGAGCUGCUGGGCUACUUCUCCACGCUGGACAUCCAGCUCCGCGAGUGCCUGGACCCCGAGACCUACGAACUGUUCAGCAAGAAGCUGACGGAGCGGGAGCUCAUGCGGGACCCCAAGUUCCAGUGGUGCACCCACGUGAGUGGGCGCGGCCCCAGGGCCGGGGCGGGGCCAAGCCAGAAUUCUGGGUGCCAGGGCGGGGCCAGAAUGCUGGGGGCGGGGCCAGUGGACAAGGGAUGGAGACAGAAGGAGACGCUGGCCGGGCCUGCGGGCCCGACCCGGCCUGCGGGAAGGAGACACGUCCCCGCUACGCCGGCCUCUGCUCAGGCGCACUACAAGGAGUACCUGGUGAGCCUGAUCAACGCCCGGGCGCUGGACCCCGCCCGGCUCUACUCGCUGCCCGAGCUGGAGACCGUCUACCAGCGCCACCAGGGGGCGCUGCCCCCCCGGCCCCCCGGCGAGCCUGAGGACUCCUACCGCGGGCGCCUGCUGCAGAAGCUGAUGGAAGAGGUGCCCCUGGGCCCCAAGAUCUUACGGCAGCGGCAGUGACCCCCACCCCCGGCCGGCCUGGAAGCUUGGAGAAGAUGCUGCUGUGUGGGGAGGGGAGGGUUAGAUUUUAGCUGAUUUGGCUGGUUGUGGGAGAACCCCUCUAUCCUGAACCCCAAUUCCCCAUCCACAGCAUAAGGGACCCCAAAGUAGCAACCAGUGGGGUCCCUGAGCCCCCAUCUGGGGGGUCAUCUGACAUUGGAGUGAGGGACCCUUGCUGGGGACUCUGUGGGGCUCAAUAGUGGGGUUCAGGCCCCUUGGGGUAACACGAAUCGGGGAUUUGGGGGUUCAAGGGACAGAACAUUGUGAGACCCAAUAAAACAGUCUGAUCCAAG